AUGCUCACCCGAGCGCCGCGAGUUCACGACCAACUCAUCCGUGAGCCGCCGAUCACGUUGGCCAUGCCGCCACCGGCGCUACCUGGCGCCACGUUCGCCCCAGCCGUAACGCCAAACCGCCUUCCAGCUUUUGCCUCUACAUGUGCCUUAGCCGCUGCCGCCAUUGCCACCAGUGCAGGAGGUGCUUGUUCGGCACAACCGACUACUUCGACUGUUAUUCCUAGUUACUAUCCUCCUCCACCACAACCAUCAGUGGCUCCGCCACAGCCGCAGCAGCCACCGCCACUUCCUAUUAAGGAAGAAUCACCGCCGUCUAGUCCCGAGAUACCGUAUCCAUACAUUGACGCCACUUAUUCGCGAAGUCCCCUCGCCAACAGUUUGCCCGAUUUGAACUUACCGAAUCAACGAAAUCGCAAGACAAGCAGAUCGACAUAA